AUGCCUCGGGUCAUCGACGAGAGCUCUGCUGGAGCGACACAAACUUCGACGACCGAGCGGCCCAAAGGCUCAAGAUCCCUGGACCCAGUGGACAAGUCCAGCCGAGGUUCGUCCUCCACGAUGCCAGAUCAUAUCGUCAGUGCUCCUGCGCCGAAGAAGAAGCAGUCGGAGAAGGAGAGUGCGAAGCGGUCCGUGGACGCUAAGGAGGUUUUCGCUGCGUACAAGGAUUUUCGAUUUGAUGUCUUUGUCGACGCCGAUGGGGGUCUUCACUUCCCAGAUGACCAGCCGGCUGAGAGCGAGUCAAUGUCGGCACAUCCCAAAGCGAAGGCCCAUCCCAAAGCGAAGGCCAUGCCACUGGAACUGCGUCGUGAGGAUUCUUUCGAUUCCCAGAUUUCCCAGGAUUCCGAUUGGGAGGCUGCAGCCCUGGCGGCGAUGGGGUUGGAGAGGGCUUGA